AUGACAAAACGUGAUCGAACGAAUCAAAAGAAAACGAACGAAAAACUGGUAGAAAAUACCACACGAAAUAUUCCAUCACCAGCAAUCUCACGUACAAAAUCUCUUAUUAAACCACCGCCACCACGUUUAUCUUGGGAACUUUUACUCGAUGAUUAUUUGAAAGAUCCAAGUUUUCAAUCGGCAACAACACUCAAUCCCUCUUCGCCUACUCUUCCAACUCCACCACCAACAGUCAUACCCUCCUACUAUCAAUCAUACUCACAAUGUUUACCGUGUCAAACGCAACUCUAUCUACCACCACGGCGGUAUCAAAUGGCGCUCGAUGAACUCGUUCAUCUAAUCAGUCAAGUCGGCCGAUGCGAUUUAUAUCGUGAAAUGGUACAAUACAUCAAAACUCAGCCUGCACCACUAUCGUCAAAUCCAAACGCAUUUUCAGCGAAAAGAUCAAUUAAUCAGUCACAUGCUUCUAACAAGAAAAGAACAAAAUACUAA